UCAAGAACACACACAUAUUUCCUUUUCAGUUUCAAAAACAUUAUGGAUACUUCACUCUUUUCUCUAUUUGUUCCCAUCAUCGUUUUCGUUUUUAUCGCUCUAUUUAAGAAAUCAAAGAAACCAAAACAUGUACUUGUAAAACCUCCUAAACCGAGCGGUGCAUGGCCCAUCAUCGGCCAUCUUCAUCUUCUCGUUGGCAAGGAACAGCUUCUAUACCGAACCUUAGGAAGAUUGGCUGACCGUUACGGUCCAACCAUGUCGCUACGACUUGGGAGCAGUGAAGCAUUUGUUGUGAGCAGUUUUGAGGUGGCUAAAGAUUGUUUCACUGUCAACGACAAAGCCUUGGCUUCGCGUCCUAUGACUGCAGCAGCAAAGCACAUGGGUUACAAUUAUGCUGUUUUCGGGUUUGCCCCUUAUAACGCAUUCUGGCGCGAGAUGCGUAAAAUCGCAACCAUCGAGCUACUUUCUAACCGGCGGCUUCAGAUGCUCAAGCACGUUUCGGUUUCUGAGAUCUCAAUGGGUGUGAAAGAUUUGUAUUCCUUGUGGGUCAAGAACGGUGGUUCAGAACCAGUAAUGGUUGAUCUAAGGCGCUGGUUAGAUAACAUGACACUGAACAUGAUAGUGCGAAUGGUGGCCGGAAAACGAUACUUUGGAGGCGUCGUCGGCUCAGAAUCCUCGGAGGAUACCGAAGAGGGAAGGCAAUGCAAAACGGCCAUCUCAAAGUUCUUUCACCUCAUCGGUAUAUUCACUGUGUCCGAUGCUUUUCCGAGUCUAAGGUGGUUUGAUUUCCAAGGACAUGAGAAGGAGAUGAAGCAAACAGGAAGCGAAUUAGAUGUGAUCCUUGAAAAAUGGAUUGAUAACCAUCGACAAGAAAGAAAAGUUUCAGGAACGGAAGAGAUUGAUUCAGACUUCAUUCACGUUAUGUUGUCACUUGCGGAACAAGGCAAACUCUCGCAUCUUCAAUAUGAUGCUAAUAUUAGCAUCAAAUCUACCUGCCUGGCACUGAUUCUAGGAGGAAGUGAGACUACAUCAUCAACUCUAACAUGGGCCAUUGCUCUUCUUCUUAACAACAAAGAAAUGUUAAAGAAAGCACAAGAUGAGAUAGACCUCCACGUUGGAAGAGACAGGAACGUCGAGGUUUCAGACAUAAAUAAUCUGGUAUAUCUUCAAGCAGUUGUCAAAGAGACAUUGAGAUUGUAUCCAGCUGGUCCACUCUUAGGCCCUCGAGAGGCGAUGGAAGAUUGCACGGUAGCCGGUUACAACGUGACUCGCGGCACAAGACUGAUAGUGAAUGUAUGGAAAAUCCAAAGAGAUCCGAAAGUUUAUAAGGAACCAAACGAGUUUAGACCAGAGAGGUUUAUUACAGGAGAAGCAAAAGAGUUUGAUGUAAGAGGACAAAACUUUGAGCUGAUGCCAUUUGGUUCGGGAAGAAGAUCAUGCCCAGGGUCUUCAUUGGCCAUGCAAGUGCUUCAUCUAGGUCUUGCUCGUUUCCUUCAUUCGUUUGAAGUGAAAACUGUCUUGGAUAUGCCUGUUGAUAUGACUGAAAGCCCUGGCUUGACCAUUCCUAAAGCCACGCCUCUUGAAGUACUGAUCAGCCCACGUCUUAACGAACAUCUCUUUGUGUGAUAUAUAUAAUGAAUUUAAUACAGCUUACUGAAGGUCCUUUUUCGAAGUUUUUUUACUUUUUUUUUUUUUUCCGAUUGAAUAAAACUUAUCUACGUUUGUUGUUUCUCUUCAUAAUAAACUAGCUACUAUCCCGCGGAAAACCGCGGGUUGAAUUUUUUUUAUGAAAAUUUAUAAUAAUUGAUUUUGUUA